CCUGCCCCGCUGCUGUCCCCGCCAUGGCGGCGCUGCGGGCGGUGCUGGGGGCCGCGCUGGCCGCCGCCCUGGCCGGGGUCCCGUUCCCCCCCCCCCCCCCCCCCCCCGCCGCCGCCCCGCCGCCCCGCAAUGUCUCCGUCCUCCUGGAUCCCGGCUCGGGUCAGCUCCGCGUCCUGCCCGGCCGCCUCCCCGCCGCUGUCGCUUGGGCCAGCCUCGACGACCGCAUCUCCGCCGUCGGCUGGGCUUUCCUGGAGGUGACCACCAACGCCUCGUACAGUGACAGCCUGCAGGCGUACGCCGCCGGGCUGGCCGAGGCCGCCGUCUCCGAGCAGCUGAUGUACAUGCACUGGAUGAACACCAUGGUGGGCUACUGCGGCCCUUUCAAGUACGAGAGCGACUACUGCGAGAAGCUGCGGGGCUACCUGGAGGCCAACCUGGCCUGGAUGGAGGAGCAGAUGGGGAAGGGGGAGGACCCCGAGUACUGGCACCAGGUGCGCCUGGCCCUGCUGCAGCUGAAGGGGCUGGAGGACAGCUACAACCGGCGCCUGGACUUCCCCCGGGGCAGGUUCACCCUGGCACCUUUUGGCUUCCUCCUGCUGCAGCUGGGGGGCGACCUGGAGGACCUGGAGUCUGCCCUGAACCGCUCUUCCCCGCGGCAUGUCCUGGGCUCGGGCUCCUGCUCUGCCCUCCUGAAGCUGCUGCCGGGCCGUCGGGAUCUCCUGGUCGCCCACGACACCUGGACCUCCUACCAGUCCAUGCUGCGCGUCAUCAAGAAGUACACGCUGCCCUUCCGUGCCUCGGCUGGCGGCAAUUCUCAGAUCCCCGGAAGCAUCCAGGUGUUUUCCUCCUACCCCGGCACCAUCUUCUCCGGGGAUGACUUCUACAUCCUCAGCAGCGGGCUGGUGAGUGGGGGUCUGGGCCUUGAGGACCCCUCCCUGGCCCCGCCGCCCUCCCCACCGCUCCUCUCCCCACAGGUAGCGCUGGAAACCACCAUCGGCAACAACAACCCGGCGCGGUGGAAGUACCUGAACCCGCGGGGCAGCGUCCUGGAGUGGCUGAGGAACAUCGUGGCCAACCGCCUGGCCCGCAGCGGUCCCGAGUGGGCUGCUGUCUUCCGACGGUUCAACAGCGGCACGUACAACAACCAGUGGAUGGUGGUGGACUAUAACGCCUUCGUGCCGGGGAGAGCGAGCCCGCCGCAGGGCGUGCUGACCGUGCUGGAGCAGAUCCCGGGCUUGGUGGUGGCUGCUGAUCAGACGGAGCUGCUGUACCAGCGGGGCUACUGGGCCAGCUACAACCUGCCGUACUUCGAGGAGAUCUUCAAUGCCAGCGGGAACCCGGAGCUGGUGAAGAAAUACGGCGACUGGUUCACCUACGACAAGAACCCACGUGCCCAGAUUUUCCGCCGGAACCAGACGCUGGUCCGCGACCUGGACUCCAUGAUCCGCCUGAUGAGGUCCAACAACUACCUGCGGGACCCGCUGUCAAGGUGCAGGGGCUGCGACCCCCCCCAGAACGCAGAGAAUGCCAUCUCCGCCCGCUCUGACCUCAACCCCCCCAACGGCACCUACCCCUUCCCCGCGCUGCGCCAGCGCUGCCACGGCGGCACCGACAUGAAGGUCACCUCCUGGGGCAUGGCCCCCGCUUUCGGGCUGGUGGCCGCCAGCGGCCCCGCCUGGGACGACGUGCCCCCCUUCCGCUGGAGUGUGUCCCCUUGCAGCGCCCUGCUGCACAUGGGCCACCCCGACCUCUGGACCUUCCCCCCCAUCAAGGUCCGCUGGGACUGAGCCCAUCCGUCCGUCCAUCCGUGGGCAUCUGUCCUGCGUGGAGAUCCCUUAUGGAGGGGCAGCGGGGGGGGGGGACGUGUCGCAGCGCAACCCGCUCUCCCCUAUCCCCAGGGGACUGGCUUUGGGUGCAAGGGCGGGGGGGGUUCCCCUGCUCCCCCUCUCUCUUUUUGCUUCUGCCUCUCGCUGCUGCAUCCCCGUGGUGCUGCGGGGUGGGGGGGAGGCUGUGCCCCCUCCCUGCCAACGGGCUCUGGCCCUGGGACCUUUUCCUGGGUGCUGACACCUGGUUUGGGGGGGCUCUUCCCAGGAAAAGCUGGGGGGUCCUGGGAGGCUGGGGCUGGCCCACGGGGCAGAGUGGGAGUGAGCUGGUUUGGCUGUGACAAAUAAAGCAGUUGGUGUGCA